AUGAGUCUUAACGGUAAUGGUACACAUGUUUCAACGAUUCGUCCUUUGAAACCUGGUAUCUAUGCACCAAUUCCAUCGUUCUUCCUUCCCGAGUCCGAAGAUCUUGGUCAGUCUCUCUCAUUGCAUGCCUCAACAGCAUCUCGUAGUCGUAGAGCGCAUUAUCUAGAUAUCCCCUCUUUUGAGAACCAUGUCGUCCGUGUCGCGACUGCCGGAGUGGGGCCCCUGUUGGCUGGGUCGAUGGGCGAAGCCAUCCAUCUAUCACAUGCAGAGCGAGUGGUAUUGAUCAAGACUGCAAGGAAGGCACUUGACCAUGCGGGAUUAUUAAACGUUCCGGUCAUAACCGGCAUCGGCGCCGGCAGCACUCGCGAGUCUAUAGAGCUAGCGAAUGAAGCCGCUGCAGCUGGGGCAGACUAUGCCAUCGCUAUCACCAGUGGUUACUUUGCUGGUGCGCUUGCUGGCGACAGGAAAGCACUGAAAGCUUUCUUCCAAGAAGUUAGCUCUAAGAGCCCUAUACCAGUCAUAAUCUACAAUUACCCUGGUGCCAGUGGAGGUAUCAAUCUAGACUCUGACCUCAUCAGUGAGCUCGCCAUUGAGUGCCCUAAUACCUGUGGUGUCAAGCUCACCUGUGGAGAUGUCGGGAAGCUCACCCGUGUGGCGGCUACGGUAUCAGAUCCGAUGUUUUCAGCUCUUAACCCCCGGACAAACAAGAAUGCGCCUUUCCUCGUCCUUGGCGGAUUCAGCGACUUCCUUUUACCAUCAGCGUAUUCAAAUGGGCAUGGUGCUAUUACUGGCCUUGCAAAUGUUGCUCCUCAUUCUAUUGUAAAACUCUUUGAGUUAAGCGAGGCCUCCAUGGUCGACCCUUCCUUCCUUCCAGAGGCACAGCGGCUGCAAGGCAUUAUCGGGCGUGCAGACGCUACCAUUGCCAAGGCGUCAAUUUCAGGAACGAAAUACCUUCUCCAGAAAUUAUACGGCUACGGUGGCCAUCCCCGGAGGCCCUUGCCGCCCAUUGACCCUGUGGCAGGCGAGGCCUUGUGGGAGCAUUCGCAUACGCAAGCCCUCGUGCAUCUUGAAGGGGAGGUCGGCGGAAAGGUGCGAUAA